AUGGCGACCAUCGUGGAGAAGACGUCUUCCGGCAUCAUUUACAAGGCAUCGCAGCAGCGAGACUUUCCACAGCUUGACCUGUUGUCUCUCCUCUUUGACUCAUCAGCAUGCGGAGCGAAGGAGGACACGGUGGUCCACGCCGACGCUGCCGAUCCCAGCAAGGCAGUCAGUAAAGCCCAGCUUCGGCACUUGGUCAAGCGGCUGGCUUAUACCCUUCGUCAACGGUACGGCAUUGGUCAAGACGGGCCGGAAAAAGAUGUGGUGUUGUGUAUCUCGUCAGGACACUUCCUCUUGCCCUGCCUGUUCUAUUCGACCAUCGCGGCGGGCGCCAUCUUCUCGGCAUCAAGUCCGGCAUCCACGGCUACCGAGCUCGCUGGGCAGAUCAAGCAGAUCGGGGCAAAGCUCGUCCUGUGUAACGAAGACACCAAGGAAGUUGCUGCAGCCGCGGCAAAGCUGGCCAACAUUCCUGGCUCCCGAGUCCUUGUUCUGGGGUCGCAGCCGCACCUCGAACUCACCAACCUUGAACAGUCAAGACCCAUUCCCAUCUCCACCAAAACCUUGGAGUGGCAACGUAUCACGGACACGAAAGCCCUUGAAAACAGCAUUAUCUGCAUUCUCUUUUCGAGCGGGACCACUGGCUUGCCUAAAAUGUGCAGGCUCUCGCACACCAACAUGGUAAGCCAGGCAUGUCUUGUGCUGGAUCCGGCUCGAGAGUAUGAGAAGGCAAGGGGACGGGAUAUGUCGGCGGACUACCGGACCAUUGCCCACUUGCCGGCGGCCCACAUUGCGGGAGUGCAGGGCUACUUUGUCAACAGCUUCUAUGUGGGCGGCACCUUGUACUGGAUGCCGCGCUUCAACCUUGUCAAGUUCCUCGAGUACAGCAAGAAAUACCAGAUCACGACGCUCGUCUCGGUACCCCCCAUAUACCUGGCCAUUGCCAAAAGCCCUCUGGUGACCGAUCAGUUUGACUCGGUGGAGUGGGCUGUGGCGGGGGCAGCUCCCAUGGGAAAGGAGCUCCAACUGGCAGCGCGGAAGAAUCUGGGAAAAGGCAAGGCACAUCUGACGCAGACAUGGGGUUUGAGCGAGACGACGGGCGCCAUGACAACCAUGCCGCGAGGGAUCGACGACGAAACAGGGAGUGUGUCGAUGCUGGUGAUGAAUGGCCGGGCGCGCAUUGUUGAUGAUGAUGGCAAGGACGUGGAACCAGGGCAAGCGGGCGAGCUUUGGGUCAAGGGACCGAACGUGACCAAGGGGUAUUAUAUGAACGAUGCAGCCAACAAGGAGGCCUUUGUGGAUGGGUGGUUCUGCACUGGGGAUAUCGGGCUCUUUAAAGACGGCAAGUUUUAUAUCGUCGAUCGAAAGAAGGAACUCAUCAAGUACAAGGGGCUCCAGGUGGCACCGGCCGAGCUGGAGGCCUUGUUGGUCAGCCAUGCCAAGAUUGCGGAUGCGGCAGUGAUUGGUGUGGACGGUGAAGAGACUGAAGUUCCUCGGGCGUAUGUCGUGGCUGGCGAUGCGACUCUCAAGGCCGAGGAGAUUGUAGAUUGGGUUGCCAGCAAAGUGGCCAACCACAAGAAGCUUCGGGGAGGAGUGGUGUUUAUUGAUGCCAUUCCCAAGAGUCCGAGUGGAAAGAUUUUGCGCAAGGAAUUGCGGCAGUUGGCCAAGAGGAUAGACAAGGGGAGCAAGCUGUGA